GUGUGUGAAUCCAGCGGGAAGUACCAAAGUGCUUAGCAUGUCCGUGGGAUUUAUGUUGAUAUUCAGCUGUAGAGAAACUAAAACACUUAAAAUAAAAUAGGAUCCAGGAUGUUGAUAAACCCAGAGCAGGUAGCUCUGAUAGGGCAGGUGUUUGAGGCGUAUGUGACAGAGUACCACAGGAGUGACAUCCUGCAGAUCCUUCAGGAGCCUGAUGAGGAUGCUCACUACCCGGUGGUCAUCAACGCCAUGACACUGUUCGAAGCCAACAUGGAGGUGGGAGACUACUUCAAUGCCUACCCCAGCGAGGUCAUCAACAUCUUUGACAACACCCUUCACAGAGCCGCCAAGACAGUGUCAGAGAACUCUACACAGCAAAGGUGGCACAAUGUCAAACACCACCUGCAUGCCCGAAUCACAGGUCUUCCUGUGUGUCCGGAGCUCACCAGGGAGAACAUCCCCAAGUCUCGGGACGCUGGUCACUUCCUGUCCGUCACGGGCACGGUCAUCCGCACCAGUGUGGCCAAGGUCCUGGAGUACGAGAGGGAUUACAUGUGCUCUAAGUGCCGUCACGUGUUCUCCCUGCAGGCUGACUUUGAGCAGUUCUACAGCUUCGUCCCCCCAACCAGCUGCCCCAACCAGGACCUCUGUAACGCCAACAAGUUCACGUGCCUGUCAGGCAGCUCCACCCCGGCAGCCUGCAGGGACUACCAGGAGAUUAAGAUCCAGGAGCAGGCCCAGAGGCUGUCUGUGGGCAGUAUUCCUCGUUCCAUGGUGGUCAUUCUGGAGGAUGAUCUGGUAGACAGCUGUAAAUCAGGUGAUGAUGUGACAGUGUAUGGAGUAGUUCGUCAGCGAUGGAAGCCCCUGUACGAGGACGCACGCUGUGAACUGGAUCUGGUGUUGAAAGCCAACUUCAUUGAAGUGAACAAUGAGCAGACCAUGGCAGCUUUGGUCUUGGAGGACAUGCAGAAGGAGUUUGAGGAGUUCUGGGACAAUUACAAACAUGACCCUAUAACUGGCAGGAACCAGAUUCUCAUGAGCCUGUGCCCACAAGUGUUUGGAAUGUAUGUAGUGAAGUUAGCUGUUGCUAUGGUGUUAGCAGGUGGGGUGCAAAGAAUAGAUCCUUCUGGAACUAAGGUAAGAGGCGAGUCUCAUCUUCUGCUGGUGGGAGACCCAGGCACAGGGAAGUCUCAGUUUCUGAAGUACGCUGCUAAGAUCACUCCCCGGUCAGUCCUCACUGCUGGGAUUGGCUCCACUACCGCUGGGUUGACGGUGGCAGCAGUGAAGGACUCCGGGGAGUGGCAUCUAGAGGCAGGAGCACUGGUGCUGUCUGACGGAGGCCUGUGUUGUAUUGACGAGUUCAACAGCAUCAAAGAGCACGACCGCACCAGCAUCCACGAAGCCAUGGAGCAGCAAACCAUCAGUGUGGCCAAGGCAGGCAUGGUGUGUAAACUGAACACCAGGACCACCAUCUUGGCUGCCACCAACCCUAAGGGCCAGUACGACCCCAACGUGCCUGUGUCGGUCAACGUGGCCCUGGCCAGCCCCCUGCUCAGCCGCUUUGACCUGGUCCUGGUCCUACUGGACACCAAGAACCCUGAGUGGGACUGUAUCAUCUCCUCCUUCAUACUGCACAAUAAAGGAGCUCCCUGCCAGUCGGAGGAGUCUUUGUGGAGCAUGGAGAAGAUGAAGGCCUACUUCUGCCUGAUCAAGGGGCUGCAGCCGCAUGUGUCUGAGGAGGCCAACUCCAUCCUGUCCCGCUACUACCAGCUGCAGAGGCAGAGCGACAGCAGGAACGCAGCCCGCACUACUAUCCGCAUGCUGGAGAGCCUCAGCCGCCUUGCAGAGGCGCACGCCAGGUUGAUGUUUCGAGACACUGUCACUGUGGAGGAUGCUGUUGUUGUUGUCUCUGUCAUGGAGUGCUCAAUGCAGGGGGGCGCUCUCCUGGGAGAUGUGAAUGCUCUUCACACGUCAUUCCCUGACAACCCCAGUCAGCAGUACCAGACACAGUGUCAAAUUGUUCUGGAGGGACUCCAGCUGCCUCACCUCCUCUACAAGGAGAUGGACAGGCUCUCAAGACUGCAGAAUAAUGGGCCAGGCUCCCCUAAUGGAACAGAAAAAGGUGUUCCUCUGCCUGCAAAGCAGCACAGUGAUCUGAGCAGCAGUUAUCAUCACAUAGAGAAGAACUCUAACGCCCAGACAAGAGGUCCGGGGAGCUCUGACAUCACAACAGACACAACAGAGAGUGGACUGGACUGGUUCCACUCACUGGCCGGCCCAGUGGGGGGAGGAGAUACCAACUUACUGAUCAUCACUUCACCCAUCACAACAUCCAAACAUAACAACCACAACUCCUUCUCAAAGCAGGCCCAAACCCUGCCAAAACACCCCGCUGUGUCGUUGCCAGGCAACAGCGGCGCUGCACACAAGGAGCGUGGGAGAGCGCCUGUGUGCGAUAAGACACCCAGUAUAACUGCGGAGGAGGAGGUGGUAGAGAGCUGUAAGGAGAGCAGUAAAAGCACAGCGUCAGCAGCAGUGGAAGACACAUCCUGCUCUAUGGUACAGAAGGUGUCCAAGAAGCUGCGAGGCAAACGGCUCAGAGAGAUGACUCUGCAGGGAGAGGAAGCUGUGGGAGAAGGCAGCACCAGCAAAGACCUCAUAGACCAUCUAGAUCUGGAGCAGGCCUUCUCCGCAGACUUCCUGUCCUCCUGCAGCACACCUGUAGCAGGGAAGAAACGCAACUCAAAGAAGAACAAUGUCCCUCGUAACCUCCCAUCUGGAGACCAGGACCCCUCUGGUACUGUGGGGGCAGAAGAACUGCACUCUAAGUUCACAGGGUUCACAUUUAAACCCAGAGAGAAGAUGACCCACGCUAAACCUCUCUGCCCAGAUACUGACAGCUCAGACAUUCACACAGAGAAUAGUGAUCCACAUAGCAAAGCAAAGACACAGAGCAGAGAGAACCAUAACACACUUUCUUCAGUGAGAGAGAAAGAGAGAACAGAAAAGGCAAAGAGUGAGAAACAGUGUUACCAAGACAGGCCAGCAGAGGGCAGAAGUGCUGCCAAGAAGAUGAGGCUGAGGGUUCAGUCUGAGGAGAAAGAGUUUCCCACUGAGGUAUCACGUGACCUGAGCCCAGAGGUUAGUGGUCCCAGGGCAGAGGGAGGUGGUAAUGGGGGGGAUCGUGGGACAGAGCAGAAACGCCAGCAGCUGCUGAGCAGAAUGGCUCCAGGUGUGAACAGAACUACAUCAACAACCCUCACAGACCCUCCCCCACUACAGCCAGAUCACCCAAAGCCCACUGUGGCGGCCUCUACCCUGGCCAAACUCUCCAGGUUCUCCUUCAUAACCACAAAGUACCAGGAAGUUACAACCCUAAUAACAACUCCUACAUCAGGGGCUCAGGUAACCACCUCCAUAGAGCUUAAAGCAGGGCAGCAGGACACAGGGACACAAGCUAUCGCCAGCAUACAGCAGAGGACAGGGAUGCAAGCUAAAGCCUCUACAGAGGAUAGGACUGAGGCCAGUGUUAGUGGAGACAAAGACUUCCAGACAUUUAACAGUAAGGGCCAGAACCCUGCUGGAGAUUCUGCUGUUAACUCUAAAAAGAGAAAGUGUUUUGAGCUGGGCUCUAAAGGCCUCUUUUCUGACCUGUCUAUGUUCAGCUCCUCCAACUUUGAUGAAGAUGAUCUGAGUGUAGACUGGGAUGAGGAGUUGGGGAAAAAAGCUAAAAUGUAACAGUGAAACGAUGUUUGAAACGAUGUAAUGUACUGAAUAUUAUUUGUGACUUCUCACUGUGUGUGUGCAUGCGUGUUUGUUGUUGUAUUGUCAAGAAUUUGUAUAAAUAUGCAGAUCAGUGUUUGAUCAUGAGUUUCACUAUCGACUUGAUGUCAUGCUGUUGGCUAUUGAACACGUAUUAUGCCAUAUAACCAAUCUUAUGUUAAUUCUGUAAAUGAAACCUCUCUUAUACAAA